UGCUGUGAGUGCAUAAUGCAAAAAAGGCAGUCCCUUAUAAAAAGCGGUGGGAAAUUACAAAUUGCAGAUCAUUCUGAACAACCAAUGAUGAGUAUCAAAACAGUGUUCGUAAUUGCAGUCAUACUCGGCUUCGCCACCCUCCCUUCAGAGGCAAGAUUCCGUGGGCUCGUCCGUGCUGGAGGCAAACUGAUCAAGGAAGUCCUUCCAGACAUUAUUCAACCAAUUGUUGAUUCUACCAAAAACAAGUGGGCGCCAUGGACCAAAUGGAAUGAACAAGAGCGUAUGGCUUUGGCGGAUGAAAUCGACGCUGAGUUGAUGGACUUGUUGGACCAAGAGUAAAGCCUUCGUGUGCUGAAUCGCGGAUACUUUUGCAUUUAACAUUACGAGAAUACACCUCACGUUUUCUCGCUUAAUUACGAAUGCAUUACGAUCUUUUCAUUUUGUUUUGGUGAAUACCGAAACUAAAUAAACAUGUAAUCAAAAUUUG